AUGGUAAAAAACUAUCGUGUCGUUGUAUUUGGCGUGAAAGGCGUUGGUAAGACAGCAAUAUUGGAACAAGCUAUUUAUGGACAUUUUAGUAAAAAUUAUAAACUGUGGCCUACCAUCGAAGAUAUAUACCAGGCUUCUAUAACUAUAGAUAUUAGCAAAGGGGUACGUGAACAAGUUCGUUUUUAUGAUACUGCUGGUUUGGAUUUGACACAGUUACCUGAGGUUGGAUUGUAUUCAAAUCCAGAUCCUUCGCUUAUGUUGUCUUUUGGUCAAAUAGCUAAGCAGUAUGCGUCCAUUGCAGAUGCCUUUAUACUAGUAUAUGAUACAAGUCGGCCAGAAACAUUUGAUUGCUUGGUCACAUUAAAAAAAGAAAUUGAUAAGAAUAAGGAAAAAAAAGAUGCUUUUUAUGUCAUUAUUGGCCAUAGAAUGCGAGAAAUGGAUAUCAAAGCCCCAACUUUAGAGUGUCCUACAAGUCGAGCUUCCCAUUGGUCUAUUAGAGAAAAAAUGAAACAUUUUGAAGUUAAUGCUUUGGACCGGACAAGUUUAUUUGACCCAUUUAUUUAUAUUGCAACAAAAUUUAAUACUGUACAACCAAAGAGCAGUUUUCCUCUAGUACGAAAAGGUACUCAACAUUGA